UUUCGGCUACAUGGGCAUGAGAGGAGAGCGGCCUCCCCAGCCACCCACUCCUUAUUGCUAUAACAACCAAAGGCGCGGUCAAGCAGGCAGCGUGACUCAAUAGAAUAGCGUUUCAAUUCAGACGGACACCGACCGACCCCUCCAACGGGAGUUAUCUUUCUGUCAAGUAAACAUAGCCUAAACAGAAUCCAGAGAGCUAUAGUUCAUUGUUGCAAAGCGAAUGAGACAGAAUAGCGAAGGAGCUCCCCGUCUGUUACGUGAAGAUUAGACUAGUGUUAUAACCUGUAGGUAGGCUGCUACUGGUGGUAGGGCUGUAGCCUACUGGGGAGUAGGACACCUUUGCUUUCGCAGCGCAGCGGUUGUAUGGACGGGCUGAGUAAAGCAAGGUUUAAAACUAACUGGGCGACAAUCAGGAAGAAACCCUAUUCAGUCCUACUUUUUUUUGUCGACUAGAGACGGGGCACCAUCCCCACUGAGUCAGCACGAGAAGGUGACAUUCUUUGUGAAGCGGUACCUCUAAUCUUCUCACGUCUGUCUUCCCCGGUGACGACAUGGCGAGUGAGAACGGACAGUCUGGGGGGGGAUCUUGGAAAAAGAAUGUCGAUGAUAUCAAGAAGGUAUUCGAGUUCAAAGAAGUCCUUGGAACUGGUGCAUUCUCGGAAGUGGUAAUGGCCAGGGAGAAGACCACAGGGAAGAUGGUUGCAGUGAAGUGUAUCCCUAAGAAAGCACUGAAGGGGAAGGAGACCAGCAUCGAGAACGAAAUCGCCGUGCUAAGGAAGAUAAAACAUGAGAACAUUGUGGCUUUGGAGGACAUCUAUGAGAGCCCCAACCACCUAUACCUCAUCAUGCAGUUGGUGUCUGGGGGUGAGUUGUUUGACCGCAUUGUAGAGAAGGGCUUCUACACAGAGAUGGAUGCCAGCAGACUCAUUAAACAGGUGCUGAAUGCUGUCAACUACCUCCACGACAUGGGCAUCGUACACAGAGACCUCAAGCCAGAGAACCUUCUCUACUACAACCCCCAUGAUGAGGCUAAGAUCAUGAUCAGUGACUUUGGUCUGUCUAAGAUGGAGGGGACAGGAGACGUGAUGGCUACAGCCUGUGGAACACCAGGAUAUGUGGCCCCAGAGGUUCUGGCUCAGAAGCCCUACAGCAAAGCAGUGGACUGCUGGUCUAUCGGAGUCAUCGCUUACAUUCUGUUGUGUGGCUACCCUCCGUUCUAUGAUGAAAAUGACUCCAAGCUCUUUGAGCAGAUACUCAAGGCCGACUAUGAGUUUGAUGCACCUUAUUGGGAUGACAUAUCUGACUCAGCCAAACAGUUCAUCAGCUCUCUGAUGGAGAAGGAUCCAGAGAAGAGAUUCACCUGUGACCAGGCUCUAGCCCACCCCUGGAUUGCUGGGGACACGGCUCUCUGCAAGAACAUCCAUGAAUCAGUCAGUCGGCAGAUGAGGAAAAACUUUGCCAAAAGCAAAUGGAGGCAAGCGUUUAACGCCACAGCAGUGAUCCGUCAUAUGAGGCGUCUCCAGUUAGGCAGUAGUCUUGGCGGCAGCUUUGGAAGCAGUAUGAGUGUGGACCAACCAGGACAGAAUUCUAUGCCAGCCAAGAGCAUGUCUGUAGACUGUGCCUCCCUCUCACGCAAAGACGGUCCUCUACAACCUCUGUCCACUCUGCCUCCUCUGCCAUCCUCCCCUGCGGCCUGCAGCGCCCCCGUUAGCAUCGGAGUGGAACCACAUGUAGAACCAGAGGCAGUGUUGGAGGUGCCCCGGCCACGCCCCUCCACGGUCACCACCAUCCACACGGGGACUAAAUGACAUCAGGUUCCACGCGAGGUCAGCUGGGAGACCACAGAGCUUUGAGUCGGGAUUCCAUGAAUACAAUUCCGCCCCUCUGAAUUCCACAAUUCGUCUCUCUUAGUCUGCCCACCCCGCCCCAUUCUCAGCUGCUGGGAUUGAGAACUUGAGGAGCUGUUCAAGGCUCCAUUUACCAUGGAUCAGCACUCACUGCAGUCCCAGUGCAGCACUCUGAUGUCCGUACCCUCCACAGGAGGUGUAUUCAGUGAUGUGAAAUAGAAUGAGGAGAACUGACAGGAUUUCCUAUUCUAUCUAAUUGAUCUGUUCUACACCGUACGUUCCUAUCUUGAACACUCUGCCCGCUAACGGGCCACAGGGCUGGUGGAGGAGAAGUAGAGGACCACUGACUGUCUCGCUCUGUCCUCCUGACCAGAGGGUGGCCAGCGGGGUCAGUCUCCCAGUGCUUGAAUCGGGUCGGUACGGAGUAAUUUCAACCUCAAAUGUUCACCUCCUUAUUGAAUAUUCACUCUAAACAUUGUAUAGUAUCAGCCAGUAGUUUAGAAAGUAGUGCCCCCCCCCCCCCAAGGCGCAUUUGUUAUUGUUUUUGUUUUUGUUUUGAGGAAAUUAGCUGUUGUUUUGAAGUAACGUCUUUGUUGUCCUCAUAUCGCAGUUUCACCGCUAUGGAUCGCAGCUUCAAGAUCCUAUUCCAUUUCUUUAAAAUAUGGUACUGUAUUAUGGUACUGGUAUGGUACUGUAAAUAUGGUACUGUAAAAUGAAAAUGACCACCUGAAAUCUUUGUCAUAGCACCUGGCAUGUUGUAAGACUGUCCACCGAGAGACAAAAAGAAGACCUGUUUGUAUGGUGGUGUGAGGAGGCCACACUAUGGGAACUCACCAGGUUUUCAUUAUUAGUCUUAAUUAUUGAGCCUGCUGUAACUCGGAGACUGUGAGACUGCUGUAACUCGGAGACUGUGAGACUGCUGUAACUCGGAGACUGUGAGACUGCUGUAACUCGGAGACUGUGAGACUGCUGUAACUCGGAGACUGUGAGACUGCUGUAACUCGGAGACUGGGAGACUGCUGUAACUCGGAGACUGGGAGACUGCUGUAACUCUGUGAGACUGAGUGUUGGGCACAGAACACCCUCUAUGCCUUGUGUUGAAUAUCGCACAUGGAAACUGUUGAGUGGAGUUAGCGUUUCAUGCAACUGAAACAGAGCAUUCAAGGCUAAAAUAGUAAUUCCAUAUUAUUCUCAAUCAUAUUUCUAAUUGUUUUAAAAGCUUGAAUGUUUUUCUGCAGUUGUAGGAAAGAGCUGUUGUAUAUUUGCUUUGCAUUUUCUGGAUAUAGAAUGUCAGUGGAAUGAAUAAAUAUCUAUCUGCAGAGUCAUGCACCCACACACAUCUGUGAAUGAAGUGCUUUAGUAGUGUGAGAUGAUGAAAUCCGUUUUGAUAUUACUGUAGUGACGGUUCUGAUUUGAUUGUACACUUUUCCUAAUGGAAAGGUAUGUAAUUGUCUUAUAUUUAAUGACAUUUGUAAGAACAGUACGUGUGUCACUAGACUUUUAUGUUGAAAUAUAUAAAUGGAAACAGAUGUUAUGUUAAUAAGAUAAAAGGUAUAGUUAUUGCUUGGUGGUUUAGUAUUUUAUUUUUAACGGAUCGAUUGCGAUGUAACCGUGAAGCCAUGCUUAGCAUAAGGAUGCAACGUAGGAACACAACGUUGUGACCAGUUCUCAGGGAAAUUCUUUGAGGAACAUUUGAGGACAUGAAACCCCAGUUAUGUUGAUGAUGAUGAUGAUGAAGAGGAUACAUGUAUUGACUAAAGCACACGUUGCAUAUUAUUACGUGCCCUCAGGACAGUUGGGCCCAUAAUUCAUAGCCGUGUGAGGGCAGUUUGAUAUAUCCCAUAGUUGAGGGUUUGUUUUAGAUUUGUAUAAUACAAGGCUAAGAAGAAUGAAAGAAGGCAUAUAACUAUUACCACUGUACUGUAGUUUUAUUUAAACACUGAAAAUGACAAACUACGAAAUAAAGAUUGAAGUAAUUUGA